UGUUAAGCAGGCGCGCGCGAUACGAGUUGUCACGUUUAUUUUCCGCGAGCGCGCCGCCAUCGCGCAUCGUCGCCGCCGCCGCGCCGCUUUGCCGAGAGACGACACCGAUCGACACACGUUUUUUUUCUGUCUCUCUCUUUCUCUCUCUCUCUCUCUCUCUCUCUCUCUUUCUCUCUUCCUCAACGAUACAAUCUGCAAACGGUGCCGCGUCGCGCAUCACUUUCGCGCGUGUCCGGGCAUACGGGGAAAAUUUGAAAAACCAAGUGUGCGCGCACCGGACAAGCGGAAAAGCUCCUCUCUCCAUCUUCCUCUCUUCUUCGCUGAUCUCCGUGACUCGCAGUUUUUAAAAGCCGCGCGUGUUCGAAAGCCGCCGUGGGGAAAAAUGUCGCGACGAAAGUGAGAAGACUCCGGUGCAAACCGCGUACUCUCGGCGAUCUCCACCACCGAUCUCUCGCGCUUCCUCCGCUCGUCCUUUCCUCCGUCUUUCCUCCUGUAUUAUUUAUCGUUUCCUCUCUCUCUCUCUCGACUUCUAUCCCGUUUUCUCCCUCGCUCUCCACUCGUACCUCCUUUCGUACUUCUUCUCCCUCUCCCCGUUUCUUUCGCUCGCUCUCCCUGUAUCUCUUUUUCGCUCCGGCGUCGUCUCGUGGGGUCAGUGUCUGCUCGAUCGGAUCCUGAGCAGGAACAUACCGGCGGACGAGAAGGAAGAAGAGGAGGAGGAGGAGGAGGAGGAGGACGAUCUCUUUCCCUCGGCGCGACUCUCCCUGCAGAAACUGCAACCUCUGCGACGCGCGCUCGCGCUCGCGCACCACGUCCUUCAAGGAUCAUUUUCGGAGCGCUCCGUUUUUCGCGCCACUACACGACCGCGGGAGCGGACCGCGCGGCAGCAGAAAUGUGACGAUGUGAUCUCGACGUCGAGACGGUAACGCAUCGCCGCGGGGACAUCGUCGCGGGAUUGACACCGGGAGCGGAUCGAUAUUAUAUUGCGUCCGAUAUCGGACGCGCGACUCUUCUCGCAGGAAACUCUCUCUCUCGCUCGCUCCUUAUCACGUCGCUCCUCGCGUAGUAUCACUUGCUUUUUUCCUUGCCCAUUCCCGUCUCCGCUCGUCUCCUCUUUCUCCGCUAUCAUUCCCCGUCUCCGUUCUCCUCUCGCGUGCCCCUGGCACACGCGCUUUUUCCAUUCUCCUACUACUUGGUCCGCCUCUUCCUCUCUCGCAUUUCGCGGCCGCCGCUCGUCGCUCUCGCUCGCUCGCUCGCGCCGCGUAUUUUCUCGCGAGCAAAUGCGAGAAAAAGGAGAAUCGGUGGGCGAUUGAUACCGCCGUCGCGCGCGCGCGCGCGCGCGACAGAGAGAGAGAGGGAGGGAGAGAGAGAGACACAUCAUCUCGGAGGGAACGAGAUCGAGGACUAGCCGCGAGUUUGUGUUUUUGUUUAUCACGGACCGACUGCACCGGUAUAACUACACACGCUGGUGCACGAGAGGAAGUUGCAAGUGGACGCCCAUCGGAAGGACGAUUCGUCGCUGGAGGCGUUCGAGGAAGAUCGUCACGUCGUUCAGGAGUCAUGGCCUUCUGUUUUGUGAGAACGGAACAAAUUUCGUGUAGCUUGAACUGAGCGCCGUGCUGCUUGGAUUUGUGCGAGGAUUACUGGUCUCGGAAAAUUUCUUCGGGCAGAAAAAGAGAAGAAGGAAGCCUCUGAAGGAAGAAACGCAUAAGGACCCGAAGAAAUAAAAGGCGGAGAUAAACGAUGGACCAUGAAGAAACGCGGUGCCGGCUGGUUUUAGACGAGCAGUCGGCCACGCUUGCACCCUACCGUCGGACGUCGUUGUCCACAAGUUCCCGGUACGACCAAUCCCGAAGCAAGCGGCAGGUGUCGCGUGUGACAGCAGACACGAUAGGUGCGAUAAUCGGGGGUGGCCCGGUCGUUGCCGCCGCCGGGCCGGCGAUGCGACGAUGAGUUCGCCGAGGGUGCUGCUACCCCUCCACACCCGACCAAAGCCCCGCGUAAUAGCAAGGCCGGGUAGUCUCGAAAACUGCAUCAACGAGGCCGAGCGACGAGGAGCGGCAGGCGGUUCAAGGCCGAAACUAUCCGCGUGGCCAUGGACCACGAAGCGAGGAACGGAACCGGCAGCAACGACAACGAGGAGUGCACCAAUAUUUACUUCAUCGUCGGCGACCGCAGGGAGACGGCCACUUACAAGGCGAACCAGGUCACGGACAUGGAACUCAAGGAAAUCUUUAGAAGCGCGGCAGAGGCUGGUCCUCUGGACAUCGUAAAGCUUCGCAAGGGGGACAAGCUCUUCAAUAUUUCGACUCAUCUACCGGCGAACACGCCCGACACGCCUUAUGUUCUUCAGAUCGUUGGCGCUCACCCCGCUUCUUCGGGGGUGAUCGAGGCGGAGGUACUUUGGGCUUUAGAGAGGCGCGUGGCGGCUUUAGAACGGCAACUGCGAGAGCACCAGGAAGCUUUAUAUGCCACACCCUCCCUCACUCUACGUGAACUCAAACGCCAAGUGGACAGUUUCAAGAACAAAUUGGAGAACAACGAUCAGCUGAACUGGCUUAGUUUCUACAAGCUUCCGGAGCCCAUCUAUGCGGAUUCCUGCCGCAGAUUGCAGUAUCGUCGGAAGAGUGAUAGCAUGAAGCGGAAAGUUCGCGAGAAGUUCCUCAAUAUCUGUGACGUGUCGGUCUCGUCGAGCGUUCGCGAGUGGUUACGCUCACCGGCCUUCGACGCACGACAGUGGGAAGACGAAGAGCUGCUGCUGAUGCUGCAGACCAUGUUCGUCGAGCUCGACCUACCUCAAAAAUUCAACAUUCCCUUGCCGAUUCUGAGAAACUUCCUCUACGAGGUCUACAAUAACUACAACGAGGUGCCGUUUCACAAUUUCAGGCAUUGUUUCUGCGUGGCGCAAAUGAUGUACGCGAUAGCCUGGGCGGUGGACCUUCCGUCGAAAAUCGGCGAACUCGAGGUUCUCAUACUGAUUGUCUCCUGUAUCUGCCACGAUCUCGACCAUCCGGGCUACAAUAAUAUCUAUCAGAUAAACGCGCGGACUGAGCUGGCGUUGCGCUACAACGAUAUCUCGCCCCUGGAGAAUCACCAUUGCUCCGUGGCAUUCCGGGUCCUGGAAGCGCCCGAGUGCAACAUCCUCGCGUCCCUGGACAAUCCUACGUACAGAAUAGUACGCGAGGGCAUUAUAAGGUGUAUUCUGGCGACCGACAUGGCUCGGCACAACGAGAUCCUGGGCCAAUUCACCGACGCCACUACCGAAUUCGAUUACACCAGCAAGGCGCACAUAAAUCUGCUGUCCAUGAUCCUGAUCAAGGUGGCUGACAUAAGCAACGAGGCACGACCGAUGGAAGUCGCGGAACCGUGGCUAGACAGAUUGCUUCAAGAGUUCUUCAAGCAGAGCGACGCGGAGAAGCUCGAGGGUCUUCCGGUCACGCCCUUCAUGGAUCGCGAUAAAGUGACCAAGCCGUCCUCCCAAGUUAGCUUCAUCGGUCUAGUUCUCCUCCCUCUCUUCGAAGCCCUCGGCGAACUUCUACCGGAGCUGCAGGAUCUCAUAGUUCAACCGGUCAGGGAAGCUCUAGAGUACUAUCGCAGACUGAACGAGGCGGCGAAGGAUGAGCGCCAUCAUCGGAAGAGCGUCGUGGACGUCGGGGAGUCGGGCCUGUCCAACGCGCCAAUCGGUACCGGUAGUUCCACCGUUAUCAAAUCUACGUCGUCGCAUAGCAUGCGCUCAAAAAGGUCUGCCACGACAAUUCAUUCGCGUUCGCGAUCCACCGACGACGAUAUCACAGAAAACCUGACGAUGGAGGAGGCGGAAAAUAUCGAGAGCUCCGAUCCGGAGACCGCCACGGAGGUGGAGAUCAGUGAAAAGACGCUCAAAUUUAAGAUCUCCACGGAGGGCAUACUGACCGGCUCCAACACCGGUCGGAAGAGCUAUCCCGGUAGUCGGAAGGGUAGCCGGGAAAAGUCUUCGUUGGAUUAUCACAAUCACGACCUGGCCAAGGCCGUUCGUGAUCACGAUCGCGAGAGGAGACGCAGCAGGGGCGAAAAUCUCGGCAGUGAUCUGAGCUCACCGGUGAGCGCGAGGUCUGCCGAAGGCACACGGAUUGUCGAGGAGAUGGAAAGGGAGACGGUUUUUUUAGACGCCAAGAUUGAGAGUAAGACGCCCGAGGGAAACGGUAAUGUCGUCGUGGCGGAGGCCCCCUCGCAACCGAAGAACAACGUGAGGAAAAUCAGCAGUGUCAUAGAGAACGAUCAGGAGAACAGACCAAGCCGCAGAGAUGCGCACAGUAGUCGGGAAUCGAUCGGACUGCGAUGUUGCUGCGACGACAAGACUGGGCCGAAUAACAAGUCUCUAUUCUCGCGACUGAGGAACUUUACGGACCGCCUGAGCAUGAGCUUCGACUCCAAGGAUUCGCCUAGUCCGAAACCGAAGCAUGCGUCGAAGAUGCUCAACAAGAGCAACUCGAUUAGCAGUGGUUCGGCAACCUCGUCGAGACACCACCACUCCUUGUUCAUUUGCAAACGCUGCAACUUGGUUAAAUCCGCGAUAAAGGACGGCAGCAAGGCCAUCGCAACUGUGGUGGAGUUGUCGCCGGUGGACAAACGGGCGAUGACUCUGCCGAAGGUUCGAAAGUCCACAGAUAGUAAGAAUAAGAGCUGGCGGACGGUAUUCGCCAAGGAGAAGAGAUCGUCCACCUCUUUGGAAGCAUUGCCGGCAGCCAGUUCCGGCUCCCGUUCGUUUUCCAAGCACCGCAGAAACUUGUCGAAUCCCGAGGGCAAGUCGCAGAGCCUGAAGGAAACGAAGACUCGACAUGCCAUGGACAUCGAAUUCCAUGAGAUCGACGUUCGUCCGAAGGGCCAACAACAGCCUGAAAUCAUAGUCAAUCCCGAUACUACCUGCUGCGAUAUUGAGGAAGAUCUCGGCAAGGUGGAAAUCAGAAGAAGUUCAGCCAGCAUGGAGGACAUCUCCAAAAUGGCGAAACAGGCGGCAGAGGCUGCCGUGCUGGGCGUGCUGGAUCCCAAGAAGGCGGAGGAGCGUCCUCACACCGGCAGUCUGGACUCGAUGCUCUGCAAGGAAGUGUCCAAGUCACGAAAGAAGCAUUCCGUAUUCUGCUCGCCCGCGACGACGAAGAAAUCGUCAGCCGGGCUGUUCUCGCGAUUUAAAUCCGGUAUGAGCAUUGACAGCACACGGAGCAACAGCAACAGCGAUUCCUUGCACGAUCACGGCUCGCAAAGCGGCUGGAUAUCCUCAUUGACGGCCAGCUUCCGGCCCAAGAGACAUCCGAACGAAAUGCCACUGUCGCCGCAUCCACCGAGGUCGCCCAGCAGAGAGGAGAUCAAGUGAUACGUCCUGGUGGUCGAGGAUUCCUCCGACAAGAAGCUCAGCAUCCGUGGUUGGUGGCCUGAGAACUUGUUCUGUUGCAAUAGCUAAGAUUCGAGCAAGAAAGUUUAAUGUCUAGAGAGAGGCUAAUUUAUACUCGAGAAAUAUCCGAGAAUAUCGUAAUCAUAACGCGUAAAAAAAAAGAAACUAAUAAAAGAUUUUUAAAAGAUUUUUUAAGAGAUUUAAAUUUUCUAAUAACAAAGGAAUUAUCUCGCGUGCUUCUUACCGCGAUAUUAAUUCUCGCUAAUAGAUUAAUAAUUAUAAUUGCGGUGGAUAAAUCUCCAAUCGAACGCGUCGACUAUAUUCAAUAUGAAUCUAUUUUGCGAAAUGAAAUAUAUCAUAAAUUCUCGCGAGUUAUUCGCAAUGCCGCAGCGCACGCAUUGCGCGUUUGUAAUAUACGAAAUAUUUCUCCGUGUAAUAUUAAAAAACGGUCAAUUUGAAUAAACAUAUUUGCUCGAGCAUGCCAUUUAUCGAGGAAACGUUAGAUAGGCAUAAUAUAUGAUUAUCGGUUGAAUUAAAUUCUUCUUGCGGAGGGAUCCUCAGACCAUGUUUUCGUGUCAGCGACUUUUGAGUGUUUUACGUCACGACGAUUGCAAAAAUUGAGAGAUACAUUUAUUUGUGAGGGGCACCUACGGCCUGUGGAAUAUACGAGGAGAGGUGUAUACAUAAACUAUUUUAUUUAUUGUCCAAUUAAAGAAUAGCCUAACGA